CGGACAGAAAACAAGACAAGCACUGACUGACAAUAGCAAAGUUUUACUGAUGUUUUAAAUGACAGAAAGAUCAUUCAGAGAAAUUCAGAAAGAUUAAAAGAAAGCAAAAAGGUAAAAUAAGAGAUCUAAAAAUAACCCAAAGAGCCUAGAAUAAUAAAAUAUCACCUACAAGGUUUUUUCCCAGUUUUCUUUAUUUUUUUCUGCCUUCAUUUUAUUUUUGUUAAAUUGAAGAGUUCAGAAUAAUAUAUGAUAGUUAAAGCUAUAGUUUUCUAUAGUAAAGUUCCUAUAGUCUUAUGUUCAAAUAAAUGACAAAUGAGAAAUGGAAAUAAACAGAAAAUCAAGCAUAUAAGAGGAAAGCAGAGUACCUAGAGAUGAAUCGUUUAAAGAUUGUGCAUUAAAAAAAAAAAAAAAAAAAAAACAAAAUACGUUACAAAAAUAUAGGCUACCAUAUAAAAUUAAGAAAUCGACAAUAUAGCCUAUUCCAAUUAGUAUCUACCAACUGUAUAACUUUAUUAACAAAUCAUUUAUUCGAAAUGACCACCAUCAUCAGCACCAAAGUCUCCCCUACAAUUUUUCGUAUCGCAUGUGACGUAAUGGCAAGUGGGCGGGGCCUUACAGGUGUGCCCAGAACAGACUGUCGAAACUUAGAGCAGGUUUGAUGUUGACUAGACCGACAGUCACGUGACCAGAUUUUAUGGGAUCCUCCCACUAGAAGUUUCUGCUGCUCUUCUACUUUUUAAACACUGGAAACAAAGUGAUUCAUUCCCAGCUGGGCUUUUUUGUGUGUUUGUGUGUAAUCUCCCAAAUCUACCAUGCGAACUCCUGGAAUUUUUAUUUUCGGGAUGGUGCUCGCACCUUGCGGGUGGAUUCUGGAGCUGACCAGCACCGUGGCACCAGGCUGGCGCACGAUUAACAACAUCCCUGGAGAAUCCUCCGAUCUGGUCCUCCAGCAAGGAUUAUGGGACAUCUGCAGGACUUUCACAUCAUCCCGGGAUAUUCUUUGCAACCAACAGGACACGCAGUACUUCAGCGCUCAGAUCAUCCAGAUCGCGCGAGGAUUGAUGCUGGCGUCACUCAUUCUCAAUGUCAUUGCCAUCGGCGUGGCAUCAGCCGGAGUCAGAUGCUGGACUGAUAACCCACAGUGGACUGUCGCUGGGAUCGGUGGUCUUCUCAUCUUCAUCUCAGGGGUCCUCACCAUCAUACCAGUGGCGUGGUACACUCACAUCAUGACCUCCAUCUUCUCCACAUCCACCGAUAUUCGUGUAGGAUACUGCCUGGUUCUGGGCUUCAUCGGUGGGAUCAUGGAGGUGCUCGGAGGUUUGGUGAUGUCCAUCGGGUUGUGUCGGUGCUGUGACGGUCGAAAGCGCGAUCAAAGGCCGAGAACAAAUGCGGUGAAGUCCGCGCGCGAUCUAUCUCCACCACACAGAGUCAUAGUGCCCAGUGUAAUCAGCGUGAGCAGCGCGAGCAGCGCCAGUAGUGUCCCGUAUUACUCCAAACAAAGUGAGAUGGACUUCACACGAGCGAAGACGCAACAGGACAGACCAGUGAACACGGCGUAUAAAGCACCUUACGACUCAGAUUUGUAAAAUACAAACUUUUAACCUUGUGAACGCAAGAUGCUUACAAAAAUCACCGUGGUAACCAUCGUUUCCGCGUGAAAAUUCCGUAGUUUAUCAACCAGAUUGAUCAAAUCAGUCUUUCCAAUGUCAACGUUUCAUUUCGUUUUUUGAGUGCUGUUUAAUGCCCAGUUAUAUUGUGAAAAGUUAUAUUACACAUAACAGGACAAUAUUGUGAAAAACAAAAAAUCUCGUAAAUGCCUUAGGCUGUAUUUUACAAUGGCAUUGUAAAAUAGCUUAUAAUGAUUUUCUAGUAAAACUCAAGUCACAAGUCAAAAUUUCCUGUAAAAGGAAGUGGCCCAAUGUUUAAAUAGUUUUUAUUUUUAUUGCCAGUUAUGUUUUGUUACAUUUUAGGUUUUUAGUUCACGUUGAACAUUAUGUUAAGUGUGUUUGUGCAUGGAAAGGCCUUUUUUGAUUAACAAUAAUUCAUAAUGUGACCAUCUGUUUUACCACCUGUAUUAUCAUUGAUGUUAUCAGUGUAUUUUAAGGUCAUAUUAAUUACUCAGCUAUGGUAUUUUGGCAGAAAUCAUAGUAACUAUUAUAGGCCUACAUUUUCUGCUUGUUAAGGUAGUGAGGUUUUGAGGUUAUAUUGAGGAGCACUAACACCAUUAGUUUGAUUUUAUACUUGGCACUUUAUAAUGUAAAGUCCUUAUAAUUUUGUUGGCAGUACCUUCAAUGUCUUUUUGUAGCACACUGAGCUCUAAUGUGUAAAUACAGUAACUUAUCAGGAACCACUUAAGUUUAACCAACUACAAAAAGCAAACAUUCUUCUGAAGUAAGCUAAUCUUUGCACAACCACUGCACAUGGGACAGAAGUGUAUGUCUCUGUUGGAAGAAUAUGUAAAAUGUUUUGUGGAAGGUUUUUUCUUUUCUUUUGCACAGUAAUGUUGUAAUUGACUUCCAUCCAUCAAUUUUAAUGCAAAUUGUUGAAGGCUGUUUAUAUGAAGGCUACAUGAAUGUAAUAAAUUAAUAAAUUAUGAAGCUAAAAAGUGCACAUUUUGAACAA